CACAUAAUAUAAAAAAAAAAAAAAAAAAAAAAAAAACAUUUCUCGUGAAGCUGACAAACAAAGUGACCAUGUUGCAGUGUAGGAAAGAAUUCCUCGUGGUCAUUUUAGCAAGCACUUUAACUGUGGCUCCAAAAUCAGCCCUUGGAUCGGUCUUUGGAACACUGCAGAGACUGAGAGAGGUAGACGACGCCCUUAUCCACGCUGAAAAAUCCCUAGAUGAUCUCUACAAUCUGAUCGAGACGGUCAUUGGAACAACAACAUCUGAGACGACAUCUACGUCCUUAGAGCCUACAGAGUCUUCACGGGAAACAAGUAGCUCAUUAUUAACAUCUACUGCUACUCCUUCGUCAUUUUCAACAAGUGGAACUUCCACCAAAGGACCAACUACUCACCUUUCGGAGACUACAUCUACAUCCUCAGAGCCUACAGAGUCAUCACAGGAAACAAUAAGUUCAUCAUUGACAGUUACUGAUACUCCGUCAUUUUCAACAAUUGAACCUUCUACCAACAGACCAAGUGCUUUGCCUCCCACGAUCCUUCCAACAUCUAACAGUUCCACAAGUCCACAUUCUGUGUCUAUUAAGAGAACUUCUGCAGGUGUAAGUUCCUCAACACCGGCUCAGAAUACGCUACUCAACGAGCUUCCUAUAGAUACAAAUUCUCUUUUACCAAUGGCUUCAUUUAUCCGAGAAAUCUUAAGGACUAAGAAAUACGCAAGGAAUGAAGCUCUGGUUUCAAUAUCUUCCUUAUAUCGUCUGUCACCGGGGUCGUUCUUGAAAACGACCCUCAGAAACUUAGUACACCCUCUUCUAGUUGGCAGUGAAAACAGUGCCUCUGGAUUUUCCAUAUCAGGAAAUGAAAAAAGUUUCCAAAGAAUGAAAGAACUACUUCAUGACAAGACGAUCAAGGUAUCUGGUCAAGAAGGUCUGUCUCCAGCUCUGACAAACUUAGACAUGGCAACAGCUGGCAAUCUGAGUGAUUCUACCUUUGGGGAAUUAUUGUCCAGUGUCAAAAACUCACUGAUAACUGGAUUGAAUAAUCAGUUUCAAUCAUCACCAAAGGAUCAAUUCGUUAUUAAUUUGAAAUGGUUACUAUCGACAUGGAAAGUUAUGGAGAAAGAAGAAAAGACAAAUAAUUCGGAGGAAACAACUAAAAUAAACACAUCAGAUAAAAAGGCUACAAAAAGCGUAUCAGAUAAAACAACUACAAAAAGUAUAUCUGAAAAAACAACUACAGUUACCACAUCAGCUGACACAACUAAAAUAACUACACCAGGAAAAACAACUAAAGUUACCACAUCAGCUAAAUCAACUAUAAUAACCACACCAGGAAAAACAACUAAAGUUAUCACAUCAGCUGACACAACUAAAAUAACUACACCAGGAAAAACAACUAAAGUUACCACAUCAGCUAAAUCAACUAAAAUAACCACACCAGGAAAAACAACUGCAGCAACCACAUCAGCUGGAACAACUCAAACAACCACAUCAGAGAGAACAACUAGAUUAAGUACACCCUCUCCUACAGUGAUGACCACGAGUACGACACAGGCCACAGUUUCCACAACACCUAAGACACCCGCAUCAUGGAGAAACGAAACAACUGCUGUUGUGCAGGCGAUGCAACAAAUUAUGCUGCAGAUCGACGAUGGAAAUGCUGACCACACGCACGCUUUUGAACUAGAGCAGUCGGCUAGUUUACUAGACGGCUUAGUUCUAGAAGGAAAAGAAUUUGAAGAAGUUGGUCAACUGAAUGUCAGCUCUGGUGAUUUGGCCCAAGUGGCUUCUGUCAAGAAAGUUGCCCAGACCUCUGAAGAGACCAUCAAAGAAAAGAUUGAUGAAGCAGAGAAAGACGAGCAGGAGUUGGUCGUGACUAUAGUGAUGCUUUCCCUGUUAUUCGUCGCGGUCUUGGUAGCCCUAAUCAUAGCGUUCAUUCGGCCCUGGUCAAGUCGGUUCAAGAUUCCCAAAAGCAAUGGCAGGUCAAGACGCUCUGCCAACCCUACGGGUGAUCCUGAACAGUUUGAGAACACCAGAUACCAGGACAACGCCCAGGCGAUGAGUCUAGGGGAGGUUCACACCAGGUCCGAGUGAACGAGACUCAUUUUAAAGACUAUUUUUUGUUUAUUUUAAGGGUAUUUGAAGCCACAUUUCACUUUUCAUAUAAAAAAAAGCUUUUAAAGAGCGUUUUUUGUUUAUUUGUAAGGACAUUUAAACCCCAUAAACUGGAGUGUUAU